ACUAAGUACAAUAUAUUUUCUCGCAAAAUGCCACGAUCGUCGAAAUUGAAAGGGAAACCUCCGUCGAAUCGGGGAAGACAUACGCCAAUUAUCGAGAUUUUAUCCGAUUCUGAUUCAGAAGAGGACGAAGAGUUUAUCAAGCACUUGUUCAGCGACGAAACCCUCAAGAAACUAGAGUCGAAAGACAUUAAACACCGAAAGAAUGUAGAAAUUCCAACGGAGAAGCCCAUAAAAACCAAAGGCAAAAAUAAGCCAAAGAAAGGCAAACACGAAGAGAGAAAGAAGAAUACAGAAGUUCCAAUUUCGGAGAGCCAUGGAAAUAUUUCAAACAUUUCUAUGCACAGCCAUUCUAGGUCUAUAGAAACACCAAAAACAAGGAUGGCAGUAAGGUCAGACACUCCAAUUCCACCACAUAUCUCAUGCCUUUAUAGUACCCCGAUUUUAAAGCCGUUGCCCACCAAGUUUUGCAUUGGCGAUGUGGUUCUGGAUUUUGGUCUCGAGGAGAACUCCGAGCCCAUGCACGUGGUUGCCGAUGUGGAGGCAAUGCCGCCACCGAAUCUAUCUAGGAUAGUCAAAACGCGACGCUUGCCCACCAAGUACAAGGUGAAGCAGCCGCCAAAAAAGCCAAAACCUGCUCCCAAUAAGAAUCCACCAGCAAUAGAUACAGCGUGGUUGAUGGACCACACUUUCUGGCCCAGGUCGCCCAUCAAAUCGUUGCUCGUGAAUGAGGUGAAAACGAAUCUGCCAUCGUCGGAGGAUAUUUGGAAGAGUUACAAGGCAUUGAAGGAUGGUUUGGUGCAGCCCUCGGAAGCAGAGUGGCCGCUGUGCUGCAUGGGAGGUCAGAAAAGCGGUGCUCCAAAAACCACAGAAACUCCUAACUCCCAGGAGUCUUGCUCAAAAAAUAGCAAACAUGCAGAAUGUUCUCCUGCUGAGCUGCUUUUGACUUGGGAAAUGAACAGAAAAGUGGGCAAUGAUAUGCAGCAGCAGCGAAAUUUUCACAAUGAAGAUUUGGUCUUAGAUCAUCUGAAUAUAAGCGUUGAAGAAGAGAAAGCCAUGAAGGAUUGGAUUAAGUCAGAAGGGCUCGACGAACCCCUGUGUGAUAUUGAAGAAUACGAUGUGCUUUUGAGCUUGGCCAGCGACUAUUCCAAGAACAAGGAUGUUCUGUUUGAGUUGUUAAAGCCCAAAAGUCUUGUUAGUAAGCCGGUGAAGGAUGUUAAAAAGAAGUUACCUCAGUUGGCGAUUGAAGUCUUACCUCGUAAAGUGGAUAAAGUCGAUAAGGUGGAGUCAGUAGUUUUGCCAGAAAAAUCUGUAGAAACGGAAAAUCCAGCUAAGAAAGCCCAACCGGAAGAACUUAGACCAGAGCGACCCAUUGUUCUUGAGGUUAAGGACAUUGGACCAGUACCUCCGAAACCUCAAGAUGAGGCAGCCAUCCAGGACUGGCUUCAGCAAUGUAGUGACACCGUUUCCCAGCAACUGCAGUUUAUCUUCUAUGAGGACAGUUCCAGUCAGCAGGAAGCCAUUGAUUUCGAGAGCGAGAUCAGCAAGGAGCAGAUGAAGCCGCGCAGUCAAGAAAAAUCUAGUGUACCAUGCUCCAAGGAGUCUGGCUAUCAGAAUAGCUACAAAGUUCGCCUCGAGGACUUCGAGGAUAUCAUUGACCAAAACUUGACUGAAUUCAGGGACCCGCAGGCGAAAAGACUGCGCUCCAAGUGGGACCAGCAAUUCGGCGUUAAGUCGGCGGAGAAUUUGAGGAGGUCGUUGCUGCUGCCACCUUUGCCAGUUCAUCUGGACAAGUGCCUCCAGAAGAUCCGGAUCCUACGGCGUCCGCCUAAACGCAAGGUCGAGGACUUGCGACUGCGCAUUGAGAUGAAGUUCUGUAAAACGUUUUGCACUCUGCAAGUGAACAAAAAUUUGGAGUUAAAAGUGGCUGUAAAUAGCCUUAGCAAUGCUGUUUACAACAGCGAUAUAGAUGUGCUCCAAGUGCAAUAUGAGGCCACGCAGAUAGCCUGGAUUUGGUCCAAUGGCACUGUGAUGAUUAUUAACGGCAGAAGUCAAGCAAUGCUGGCCGAAACUCAAAAGGAUGUGUUGGCCAAGAUUACGGGGCUGGUUGAUUUCAAGGCCGAUAGCUCGCAUAAGUUGCUCCAUUUACGCCUCAUGUCCUGUGGCUACUAUCCCUGGCGAAUUGCCCUGGUCGAGUUCAGUAAGACUUAUGCCCUCUGCUCAGAGCUCCUCCCUGAUGAGGUGGAGUACGUCUACUACGUGGACAAGGCACUGCCCGGAGUGGCGGCGCGGGUCCAUGAGUCGGGAAUGAUCCACGUGUUCGCUAUGACCACGGAUCAGGCGGACAAAAUGCUGACAAAACUAUAUCCGCUUACCGCCAAUCAUCGAAAGGCCGAAAUCAAGGUCGUCAAAAACGAAAAGACAUAACUUUAAUUGGA